ACCGAAAAAUAAUACCUAAGAUAAGACUUUGUAGUAAAGGUGAAUAAUAUGGCAAGCAAGGAAGUCAGCUUUCAUCAAAUGUGCAUGUGAAUUUGACUUAAUUCACUUCCCUUUUUCAUGUAAGAAGCUAUAAAUAUGUGUUCUUAGCAAGUUUUCUUUGCAAAUCAUACAUUCCAUUUCUGGGAACAAAAUCAGAUUAUUACACAACAGGGGAGUUGUGCAAUCUAAAGUUUGUCUGAAGAUGGAACAUCAAUUCAAGCAAACCAGAAAACAGAACUGGUUCCAGAAGCAGUUUUCAAGUCGAAACGGUGAAGAUAAUCGUCCGAAACCAGGCGCACAUGAAGCCGCCAUUGCGGCGGCUGCAUUUGCUAUUCAAUCAGUCGAAGAGGCUAAAGCAGCGAAGCUCAAGAGAGGGAGCUUCAAGAAAGAAAAUAGCAGGAAUGGUGUGCUUCAUUCUAAUAGAAUAACCACUCAAUUCUCCCUCAAGAAAACUAAAAGUGCAGUGGAAAAUUCCAAGGAUAAGCCAAUGAAACAUAAAUGUAAGGAAGUAGAAAGAGUACAUUCAUAUUCCAAACCAAGCUCUCAAUCUGCUACAAUUCCAAUAGCACCAGGAGAUGAAUGGUAUGACAAGCUGAAAUCAGUUGUUUGCGGAGGUGACAAGUUGCCCAAAACCUACGGUUAAAACUUAUUAAAACACUGGAGCUGAGAAGGGCAAGAAAUGUACAAGAUUUACAAAGAAAACAGGACAGUAUUUUAGAUUCAUCACUAUGUGUGAAAAUAUAUUAAGAGAUUGUUAGAAAAUAUGAACAUCACAUAUAUUAUAUACUUAGUUAUAUGUUAUUAUUAUUUAAUAUCAUAAUAGGUUAACUUAAAUUAAAA